CCUAGAUUACUCUAAUGCUGUGUUAAGUUUGUGCACCACUGUUAUAUAUCCUCAAUUUCCACAGAAAAGUUUUAAAAAAGUAGAACUAGACAGAUGUUGUGCUGCUGCUAGUGUGCAGUGUGUAGGUUUGUGUGAGGAAGCAGUGUGGUUGUCGACUCAAAAGGUGUCAGAGCUGAAACACUUCCUCGUCCUUCACUCUCAUCACACCGACCUGCAGACAACAUCAACGGCUCACAAUCCAGCUCAGAGCAGACUGACCUCACAUGUGACAAACUGACUCUACGUUUUUCUAACUUGAUAUGAGACUUUUAUCUAAACUAAUUUAUCAGUUUAAUUAUUAGUGUAAAGUUUGUGUGACGUUAAGAAGCACUUGUGGAAUGUAAAAAUCUGAUGACUUUGAUUUCGGGAGUACAGCAGGUCCUCCUUCCUCCUGAGUGAUGCCUCGUUCUUUCUUGGUAAAGCGAGGAGGGCUGCACCAUAUUCGGCCUGCAGCAAGAAGCCCCAGCCCUGGAUUGACCCCGAUAACAUUUAGCCAGCUAGGAAAACAGACAGGGUCCUGGGAUACACCCCUGGAGUACUCCACAACAGAAACACCACAUAAUCACGCAGUGCCCAUCGCAGUAUUGCAGCAGAGCCUUCAGGUGGACAACCACUCUGAUGGAAGUGGGCACCUUCAGCCGUUCAGUCCCAAAUCUUAUGACAGUAGAUCUACUGAGCCAUGCAGUCCUGUCAACUCAAAUACUUUGAGCCCCGUGGAGAAAGCAGAGUCUAGCACUCCAACACCAGCAGUAUGGUCCAGACCUCAUGUGAGUUCAAGAUAUUCAGAUAAACUGUCUAUGGGACUGGAAGACCCGGCUCAGCACCCUCAGAUCCCGAGAGAGACCAGGAGCCGUGGAUGCUCGAGGAUCAGUGCACCGAGGCAAGAGUGUCCAUUCUGUAGCAAAAUAUUUUCAUGCCUGUCAAGUUUGAAGACUCACAUUUGCAAGAGCUACGGAAGCAGAUCAACGCUGUCACCAGCACUCAUUGAGUCCAGCAGGACUUUUACUGAGCGGUCACUAUGCAGGGGCAAGGAGAGGACGUUUGGCUGUACAGUGUGUGGAAAAGUAUUCAAGCGCUCCUCCACCCUUUCCACCCAUCUGCUCAUACAUUCAGACACCCGGCCCUACCCCUGCCAGUUCUGCGGCAAAAGGUUCCACCAGAAGUCUGACAUGAAGAAACACACCUUCAUACACACUGGGGAGAAGCCUCAUGUGUGUCAGAUAUGUGGGAAAGCAUUCAGCCAGAGCUCCAACCUCAUCACCCACAGCCGUAAACACAAGGAUGACCGACCCUACCGCUGCCCUCGUUGCCUCUACGGCUUUCAGCACAAAGUGGACCUGCGGCAGCACCAAGAGCACCACUGCACCUACCGCUGACUGACACGGCCGAGUCAAUAUUCAGCCUUUUACCAGCGGAAACACAUUCAGGACAUUAAGCUAAUGAAUGUGUUGUUGUGAUGAUGAAGUCAAAUCUUCCAUCUCAAGCUAUAGUUGUUUAUAUUUUACAUUUAACUGCCUUUCAGGACACAAAAGGAAGAAAGAUACUCUUCUUACUCUUCUCACAGGUUUCCAACACAGUAAUGUAGUUAUUUCAGGACCCUACGACUUGGAAGUAAUGGUUACCUUUGAUCUACUUUUUACCUGUUGAGGUGUAAAAAUCCUAAUAGUACUUACUAUUCUGAGUUACCCUCAUGUUAAUUACAGCGUUGUCCACCAUUAUUUGUGCCAAGGGAAACGCUAUUUAUUUCCCCACAUGAUUUGUCCAUAUUCUCUGUAGAUCUGUGAUCAUGGUGAACUCCAAGGUUUAUGUGCAGCUGAACUUUUACUUUCGGUCUACAGUACACAGAUUUAACAUUGUGGAAAUGUAGCUUCAACACAAACUGGUGACUACAUGAUUUCAUUACAUCUCUCUCUUUGAAAGCAGCUGAAACCAACAGCUAGAAUGAAUGUAGUGCAGCGUAAGUAAAUGAUGUAGUACUACUGGAUGUAGUGCAGUUCAGUACACCAGGCCACACUGAAUGCUUUCCUCCUUACUUUUCUGCAGAUGAUCACAACAAGAGUUCACGCUAGCCCAAUAAAUACAGAUAUAAUUUGUG